CUCCUAUCCCACUAAUCCACUGCCCCAUUGACACAUGGGCUCACGGGGGUGUCAAAAGCACACCCGACCCAAUUCGAAAAAUAUCCGAUUCAGAUUUGGACUCGCGUGGACAUAAUAAUUUAAUAAAACUCAACUAUAAAAAUUUACCCGACCCGACCCGACCAUAUCAAACCCGAUCCGAUUACCCGAACUGACACCCGCUCAACCACCCCCUCCUUUCAAAUUACAACAUAGUCCAACUCCCAACUUAUAUAGGCUUAAUGGCUUAUUAUAGCUUGGCGUAGUCUCCCGCCACUAAACACCCGCCAACUAAAAAUUUCAAAACUCAAAAGACAAUGCUUUCAUUCCCGCCAUCUUUACCUCUAUUUACCCUUCUCCUUCAACCUCCUUCCUCAUUCCUCAUUUUCUUUCUCCUCUUUCAACAAUCAACCCUCUUCACAAAAUUCAAACCCUAAUUAUCAUUUGUUAUUAAUAUUCGAUUUGAUCGAUCAAUGGACAUCACUAACAUAGCAAAGAAGCUAGACCUUGCCGGUAACAAGCCUGUCGUUCGUAAAGCUGCUGAGUUCCGCCGUCUCUCCGAUGUCAAGUUCGAUUCAUCUGCUCUCGGCAUCGGUGAGAUUUGCAAGGCUAUCAUUUGCUUAGAAAUUGCCGCCAACAAAUAUGAAGUUAUAUUUGAUCGGCAAAGUGCGAUUAAAUUGAGUGGGAUGUCAGAGAAAGCUUAUACCAGAUCGUUUAAUUCUUUGCAGAAUGUUCUUGAUGUCAAGAAUAAUUUGGAUGUGAGAGAAUUGGCAAUUCAAUUUGGAUGUGUUAGGAUUAUUCCUUUUGUGCAGAAAGGAUUGAAAAUGUACAAAGCCCGAUUCUUUGCUUCGCUCCCAGUUAGUAGGCGAAGUAGCACUGAUUUCAGUAGACCCGUGUUUAUGGCAGUGGCAUUUUAUCUAUGUGCUAAGAAGCAUAAGCUUAAAGCUGACAAAGUUAAGUUGAUCGAGCUUUGUGGCACUUCAGAAUCAGAAUUUUCUAGUGUUUCUAAUUCGAUGAAGGACCUAUGUCAUGAUGUUUUUGGAGUUUUGAAAGAGAAAAAAGACCCCAAAGAAGUAAAAGGGAACCGAGAACUAUUGGAUGCGUUUCCUGAAAAAAGAGGAUAUGAUGAUGGAGGAUAUACCUCUGAUGAGGACAAUGAGCCUUCAAGCUACAAGAAACGAAAGAGAAUGGAGAAACAUGAUUAUGAGGAGUGGAAAUCAACUGUGGUUUCAUCAAUUAACCAGAAAAAUGAUAAAGAGGUUACUACAAAGCGGACAAAGCAAGCCCGCUUGAACUUUCCAACGAUAGCUCGUGAUACUCAGGAUUUGAAGGUUACAUAGCUAUGUCCACAAUUUUGUCCGGUGUCAAGAUUUUAGAAUUUGAAGUUGCUCAUAACACCUGUUUUCUGUUCGAAGAGGCGAGGAUUCGGUUUUUAUCUGCUAUAUGAUUCUGAUUUCUCAUCCACUUCUACAAAAGGUGUAAUUGUUGCUGAACUUUCAUGUUACAAUGUACAGAACAUAUAAAUUUAAGUAUUUAACAUGACAAAGCUGAUAUAAUUAUAAAAUUAUUCAUCUGCCAGUCAACAUACAUGAGCCUAAGCAACAUCUGGUUCUUCUAUUC